GUCGAUGUGAAUCAGUCAGUGGCGAGCAGUGCAGCCGCCAGGAUCCCCCGGAGCGACACCGCGCCCGCCCCGCGACAGGCCCCGUGGCCCCGCUGGCCCCGCCGCAGGCAGGCCGCAGCAGCCGUGACGCCAGCCAGCCGCUUAUCUCGUUGGUCUCCGGAGCAGAGAGAGAUGAUAUAAACGGACGGUCGCGAGGGGGGGCCGUCAGUGCGGGUUGGGAGCAGUGCUUGAGCAGAGCGCUGGCAGAGUGCUGUGCGCUGGCCACCGGAACACUGGCCACCAGAACUGGCAUGAGGGCGGAUCUCCAGUCCUUCAUACGACACACCUCCUCCGACCACUUUUCGGAAAAGCACUAGUGACACCCCUAUGACGGCUUUGUAGCAAAGCUGGAUCUCUGUGAUAUUCCCCCUUUUUAUUUUUAUUUUCCCCUUAUUAUUUUUAAUCCUCCCCCCACCCCUUUACCACCGGAGUGCGACGUACCCCUCGCACCCCUUGGAACUUUCUUGUGAAAAAGUGAAGAGAAGUGAAUAAGUGAAGAUGGCGCUGAUUCUCCCCGAGUCCGACAAGAAGCCCCACCUCAUGAUGGAAGCUCAGCAGCCUGCCUCCGGGUCGCGCCGCGCCGCCGCCAUGCUGGUCGUCAUGGUAGGCCUGCCGGCCACGGGCAAGACGCUGCUGGCCAAGAAGUUGGCCAACUACCUCAACUGGACCGGCCAGAAGACCAAAGUGUUCCGCGUGAGCGACUACCGCCGCAAGCACGUGGAGCUCUACAGCCACGACCUGUUCCGCUGCAACAACAGCGAGGCGGCCGAGCUGCGCAAGAAGUCCGCCAUGGAGGCGAUGGACGACGCGCGCAACUACCUGCUGCAAGGCGGCCAGCUCGCGAUCCUGGACGGCACCAACUGUGACCGCUCCACCCGCACGCAGGUCACGGACACGUUCACGCGCCAGCACCAGAUCCGAGUGCUGUUCAUCGAGUGCGUGUGCGACGACGAGGACCUGCUCGAGAGCAACACCAAGGAGAUCCUCAAACACAGCUCCGACUACAAGGAGAUGAACCUGGAGAAGGCCGUGGAGGACUUCCGCCUCAAGAUGGAGCACUACCUCGAGGUGUACCAGACCAUGAGCGCCAAGCGCGAGCCGCAGGCGUCCUUCAUCCGCCUGGUGAACGCGGGCGAGACGGUGACGGCCCGCGGGCUGGACUCGCCGCUCGACGCGCGCAUCCUGGGCUGCGUGCCGCUGUUCAACCCGACCGCCAAGACGCUGUACUUCUCGCGGCACGGCGAGAGCGAGUACAACAUGCUCGGCCGCAUCGGCGGCGACGCCGACCUGUCGCCCCGCGGCCGCCUGUACGCGCAGGCGCUGGCGCGCUACUUCACCGACAAGGCGCGCGUGCCCGGGCUGCGCGUGUGCGUGAGCGAGAAGAAGCGCACGCAGCAGACGGCCUCCGGCCUGCCCGCGCCCUACGAGAUCCUGCCGGCGCUCAACGAGCUGGACGCGGGCGUGUGCGAGGGCCUGACCUACGAGGAGAUGCAGGAGAAGUACCCGCAGGAGUUCGCGUGGCGCGACCGCGACAAGCUCCGCUACCGCUACCCGUGGGGCGAGUCGUACGUCGACAUCUGCCGGCGCCUGGAGCCCGUGCUCCUCGAGCUGGAGCGCACCACCAACGUGCUGGUCGUGGCGCACCAGGCCGUGCUGCGCUGCAUGCUGGGCUACUUCCUCAACAAGGACCCCGAGGAGCUGCCCUACCUCAACGUGCCGCUGCACACCGUCAUCAAGCUCACGCUCGAGGGAUUCACCUACCGCAUGGAGACGAUGCGCCUCAACGUCGAGUGCGUCGACACGUACCGCAAGCAGCCGCGCAACUGCUCCGACGUGCGCACCGCCGACGACGCCCUCAAGACGGUGCCCAAGCACUACGACACCCUCAAGUUCCUCACCUCUCCACUCAUAGAGCAGCACUAGGCCGCGCUCUCCGCCUACAUGCCCGCCCUGUUGAGCUACCACGCAAGCUACCAGAGCUGUGAUAGAAGCAGUGCCCGACGCAGGCGCUCGGAAUCGCGGAGGCGGUUCCGGGAGGUCGACGUGACGAGUCCUCGCCACGUCGGGCACGAUAGCGCCCCGGAGGCCGCUCCGAGGUCACGUAGUAGCGAUGCUGCCCGUCAGUCGCAAUCAGAGCAUUGACUUUGUAGAGCCGCACUGCGCGCACGGCCAUGGCGACAACGUUGUGGUGUAGCUGAUAGUGAGAACGCACUAGUCUGUGCGAAUGGACCUCGUUCUGUUCAGCUUACCCGUUUGUUCAGCCGGUUUGCCAGGCACAUGGCGCCCCCGCCCGCACUCGCGCGUGUGCCUUUUUAUGUUCCGUCAGUUGGAUCUUUGUUUAGUUUUUAAGUUGGUGUGUGUAUGCGACUUCCAUCUGUCAGUAUCGAGCGCCUCAUGCAUUUCACUUUUUUUUGCCAUAUGUAUUUGAAACCGGUGAAUAAGGUUUAAGUUAUGAUUUGUUUUUGUGUAAGUCUUAAGUUUUGCGGCAUGAGCGUGUCCCGUGUUCGUUUCGAUGUUGCCAGAACGUUGUCAUUUGCGUAUUAAUUCGUGUAAUCUAGGAAAUUGUACGGCUGCUGUAUUGCUGGUGUGGCACGGGCCGGGCACACGCAGGCGCAGCCACAGCGCAGCACUCGCUGUCUGGCAACAACGCGGUAGCGUGAGCGAGGCGCUGCAAGUCUUUGUCAUACACGAGCGACAUCCUAAAAGUGAACGGUUGGAUCAUUGGUAGCUUAUGUAAAUGUACAUGUGUAGAGGAUUUGGGGCUAUAGCGGCUUGCUUGGUCCAUCAUCCCUGUUCCGUUGUCUUCCCUCUCAUUCGGCUUAAAAAAAUUAAUUAAACUAUCUCAACUGUAUGAGAAAA